UCUGACUUGCAGAAAUUUGGCCAUUUUGUCUUGUUGAAUACUCAAUUUAGAAAAAUCAUGGCAGCUCUCAACACAAGGAAAAUCUUGUCUUAGUUUGAAAAUCUUAAAACUACCCCAUCGUAUUUCUAUUUAUUUCUUCCUCCUUACUCAACGCCUUUACUCUCUCCAUUUCAAAUCCAUAACAACCUCUCUCUCUCUCUCUCUCUCUCUCUCUCUCUCUCUCCUCCUCCCGAUCUGCAACAAAUAGAAACAAUUUCAAUUUACAGCAUUCGAUUUUAACACCAUGCAGAAGAGCGGAUCAUCAUCGUCACUGGGACCGGGCGGGCUGGACCUGACUCAGGCCUUCUUCAAGCCCAUCCUCAACACGGCCCCUCCGUCCCCAACCAAGCGCCACACCAAGAUCUCCGUCAUUGGUGUCGGAAACGUCGGCAUGGCCAUUGCCCAGACCAUCCUUACCCAGGACCUGGCCGACGAGCUUGCACUCGUCGACGCCAAACCCGAUAAGUUGCGAGGCGAGAUGCUAGACCUGCAGCACGCCGCCGCCUUCCUUCCCCGAACCAAGAUCUUGGCCUCCGUCGACUACUCCGUCACCGUCGGAUCCGAUCUCUGUAUCGUUACUGCCGGGGCCCGCCAGAUCCCUGGCGAGUCAAGGCUCAACCUGCUUCAGCGAAACGUCGCCCUCUUUUCCAACAUCAUACCCCCUCUGGCCAAAUACUCGCCCGACUGCAUCCUCUUGAUCGUCUCCAAUCCCGUGGAUGUGUUGACUUACGUGGCGUGGAAGCUGUCUGGAUUUCCUUCUAACCGGGUAAUCGGGUCGGGCACCAAUCUUGAUUCGUCUCGGUUUCGGUUUCUGAUCGCUGAUCAUCUUGACGUCAAUGCUCAGGAUGUCCAGGCGUACAUAAUUGGGGAGCACGGCGACAGCUCGGUGGCGCUCUGGUCCAGCAUAAGCGUGGGCGGAGUGUCGGUGUUGAGUUUUCUAGAGAAGCAGCAAAUCGCAUGCGAGAAAGAGACGCUGGAUAAAAUCCACAAAGCAGUCGUGGAGAGCGCAUAUGAGGUCAUAAAUCUGAAAGGUUACACAUCUUGGGCCAUUGGUUAUUCCGUCGCCAGCUUGGCUAGAACCCUACUUCGCGAUCAGAGAAAGAUCCACCCCGUUUCUGUUCUCGCAAAGGGCUUUUAUGGCAUCGAAGAUGGCGAUGUGUUCUUGAGUCUCCCCGCUCAGCUUGGUAGGGGCGGUGUCGUUGGAGUCACCAAUGUUCAUUUGAACGAGGAAGAGACACAGAGGCUCCAGCACUCUGCUCAUACUCUCUUUGAACUCCAGUCCCAAUUAGGUCUCUAAGAAAACCUAAUUAAGACUGCAAAUUUUGGAUCUUUUUUACGGUUAACUUUUCCCCCCCAGCUACCAGUAAACUCUAGCAGUAAAAUACAUAUAUAGUAUUGUGUGAUUUGAACUUGUCUUUACAAGUCCCAUCACCUAUUUUAUGGUUUGAUGUGACUGUCAUUUAAUGUUCUUUUCCGUUUUCAUUCCUCAAUAAGAACAUUAUCGAAAUUUCAUGAUCUGAA